AUGCUCUCCCAUGAGGAGCUGUACCCGUACUCGGAGCCGGUGGCCCGUGAGACGGUAGUGGCUUCGGGUGCCCUCACCUCUCUCCCCGUGCGCAUCCACCGGCACAACGCCCUGGCCGACGCUGGUGCGAUAUGCCUGACGGGUGACUGGGGGCGGAUCAUGCGCGACGGCCAGGACAAAAAGUCCAAUGGUUCACCGUGCAGCGUUGGCAACUGGGGUAGCUUUAUUUGGCCAGAAAGUAUCCCGGAUCGGUUGGGAUUGCUGUGCUAUCUUCUCGACGUCGGGUGUUUCCACGAUGAUGCCUGUGAAGAAAUGUCCAUCGCGGCAGCCCAUAUCGAACACAUGGACUUGGAUGCAGCCAUGGACGUUUCCGAUGCCCGCAGCUUGUCGGCCGAUUCCCGUUCCGCCAAGACCAAAGAUCUCGUCUCAAAUGCAAUUCUCGAAUGCGUCCGCGUCGACCGAGUGGGUGCGUUGCGGAUGUUGGAAGCGUACCGAAAGAAAUGGCUUGCCAUUAUGGAAACGUAUGAUACGGAAAAAAUAGAAACUUUGGACGAAUAUUUCGAAUCGAGGGCCAACAAUGGCGGCAUGGGUGCAUAUUAUGCAAUGCUGGAAUUCUCCCUGGGUAUUGUGGUUACGGAUGACGAGUAUUCCAUGAUGGCCGUUCCUAUACAGCAUGUGGAGCGGUGUAUGCUUUUGACCAACGAUUAUUGGAGUUGGCCGCGAGAGCGCGAGCAAGCCAAAACCCAAGAAGCGGGCAAGGUCUUCAACACGGUUUGGUUUAUGAUGAAACAAAACCCAACUUGGACUGAGGCCCAAGCAAAACAAAGAGUUGCCGAAAUGGUAGUGGAAGAGGAAACUAAAUGGGUGCAAUCCAAAGACGCUUUUUACGCCCAGCACCCAGGCUUGAGCCCUCACCUUAUUAAACUCCUGGAGAAUCUACACACUGCGUUGGCGGGUAACGACUAUUGGAGCUCGCAAUGCUACCGGCAUAAUGAUUGGACCCACGUCCCGGAACAGCCCGGACCUGAUCACCCGCUGGUCCAUGAGUUGGCCGGGCUUGGGAGGGCGGUGAUGCCGGAGGCCGAAAUCCUUGCAGCUUCCGCGGCAGAGGGAGACAAGACUCCCCUGUCAGAAGGGAAACCCGAGUCAACAACUACAUCUGUAUCCUCGGUCUUUGACAGCGUCGAGGACCUUGCAAAACCAAGCAUUGGCCGGGCGGAGGAGGUAAUCCAGGCUCCGAUCCAAUACAUCCAAUCCAUGCCGUCCAAAGGUUUCCGCUCUGCGCUCCUGGACUGCUACAGCCGGUGGCUGAAUGUACCUGCCAAAGAGAUGGAAAGCGUCAAGUCGGUUAUAAACUGCCUACAUGAUUCGUCCCUGAUUUUGGAUGAUAUCGAGGAUAGUUCACGCCUCCGCCGCGGGUUUCCGUCCACCCACGUCGUCUACGGCGAGGGACCUGCUAUCAACAGCGCCACGUAUCUUUACGUCCAGGCUGUGGCAGCCGUGCAUAGCCUCGACAACCGGGCAAUUAUGGACGUGCUGCUCCGCCAGCUGCAAAAACUUUUCCUCGGCCAGUCUCUGGAUUUGCACUGGACCGCCAAUCGUCGAUGCCCCACCAAGGAUGAAUAUUUGGGCAUGGUCAGUCAAAAGACCGGCGCCUUCAUUUCCAUGGUUGCAGAGCUUAUGAUCGCUGCCAGCGACGUGGACUGCCCCGAAAAGACCAGGGCCAUCUUUGCGCCCUUUUCGCAUCUUUCAGGGCUAUACUACCAGGUGCGUGACGAUUAUCUCAACAUCACGUCAGCUGAAUACGCGGACAAAAAGGGCUUUGCCGAGGAUUUGGACGAGCAAAAGUUCUCGUACAUGAUUGUGCAUCUGGCCCACGCGCGACCGGAUCUAAUGGUGCAGGUCGAGGGGAUUUUCCGCUCGAUGCGGGACGGCAAAGCUGAAAUCGUCGAAAGCAAAAAGUACUUGGUUGAUUUGCUGCACAAGAGUGGCGCGGUCGAUGCCACCAAAAAGUUGUUGAUUGGGUGGCAGCGUGAGAUUGUCAGGGAGAUCGACGCGCUCCAGGUGCAUUUUGGCACACCAAACCCGAGCCUGAGGCUGUUGAUGGAGAGUUUGUGGAUUGAGGACUGA